UGGUACUACUAGUAAACUUAACAAACGUGUUGGAGAAAAAUAAAUAGGAUGUACGAGUGUUAUUGUUGACAAGUGCAACAACAAAAUAAUGUGAAAACAAUAAUUUAUAACCCAUCAUCAUUUAAUAGACGUUAUCAAAUAGUCCUAAAAGAAAAAAAAAAUCGUGUGCUUGUGAUAAAUAUGAUCAUAUAUGUGAUACAAUGUAAUAUUGACUGAAGUGAAAUGGAAAAUUUAGGUGAAGCUUAAAAUGUUUAACAAAAUGUACCUUCUGCUUAGUCAACAGAUCAAGCUGUUGUAUGAAUAAUUGAAAUUUAUCCUCAUUUAUAUUUUUGGAGUACAAAGUAACAACAAUAAUUCAAGACCAUUCAUUGCUUUGACUGGCACUGGAUCAAGUAUCUACUUUCAACACCAACGUGCUGCUUUUGGGUCUGAUGCAGCAUGGCUAUUUAUUUAUACAAAACUAGCUUCCUGAUGCUUCCAACAGGAAGUGCAAUGACUCAAAUGUCAAACUCUACCAAGGUGUACUGUUGAAAAUGAAGUAACAAGAUACUUUGUAUAGAUAAUACAAAUGUCAAUUCACUUGUUAUAGAAGCAAUGACUUUAGAAAAAUUUAAAUCACAAUCAACAAGCUCUUGAUGAUUAUAAACUUGUUCUGGGAUUGGAAUCACCAAAUCAUACCAUUGAAUAUGUGACUCAUGCACCAGAGUUACAACUCGUGGUCUUGCUUAUUAUAUUAAUUAUCAUCUUGACCAAAGUCUAACAAUACAAACACAUGUCACAGCAUCAUCAGUUAAUAAUUUAGAAAAAAAAUCGUCAUCUGGAGCUGAUCAAACGUGUUACCAUAACUUAGAUGGCUUUUGGGUUCGCAUGGACUAAAAUAUUUCAGCUCCAUUUUCAUUCACGUUCUCCAACUGGUUCAUGUUUGACUUGGUGCUUUAUAAAUCCAUCAACAAAUAUGAGAAAUAUAUUUCUAGAAGCUAGCAGUGUUAUUUGUUGAUUUGAGUUAAUCAAAAUUUAAACAAUACACAUCUUCAUUCCGUUUUUAUAUCUAAAUAAAAAAAAAAUUAUCACAUUGGUACACGUAGUUUUUACCAUCCAACGCAAAUUUAUUUUAGAUAACUAAAACAUGAUGAUAACAAUUAAAAAAUAGAUAAACACAAUGUAUGUCAUCGUCAGAUAAAACUAUAAAUUAGCCAUAAAAUUAAUGUACACAUUCCCAGUUUUAAAAAAGUCUUAUUUUUUAUUUGACAAAAUGUUGUGAUGCUUCAAUCUCAUCCAUGUCAACCAAAAUAAAUAUUUGUUGUUCCUAUUUUUUUUUUAAAUUAAAUGACACGUAUUUUCAGUUUAUAUAUACUCCAACAGUGUCAAAAAAAAUACAGUCUUUUUUUUUUUUUCUAAUUAUUAACUGUCUCAAUAGAAUAUUCAAAAUAAAAUUAUUUCACAAAAUAUACUGAGCUACAUGUAUAAGCUAUUAAUUUUUUUGCAUUAAUGAUUGAAAUUUUGUAAAUAUAAUUGAUAAAAAUGCUUGGUAAAUAUUUUUUUUGUGUAUUAAUAUUACUAUCAAUGAUGAAAAUAGUAAUUUCAUCAUCAAUAGCUACUGAAGCAAUCAACGUGAUUAACAUUAUUUCCAAUAUAUCAGCAAAAGCAAUUGCUAAUAAAAACGAUACAUUGAGAUACCAACAACUUUAUUCAAUAUGGAAUACAAUUGAUAAAUUUGAAUCGAACUUUUACAAAAGAAAUAACAAUAUGGAAAAUAUUCUACAAAUAAAACAAUACGUAGAUACAUUACACACAACAAAAAUUGAAAGUAUUUUUUCCAGAAUUCAAUUUUUACAUGAAAUGAGUGAACGAUGGUCUAGAUUAUUGAAAAGUAAAAAAAGAUUAGAUAUUAAUCUUCAAACAAGUGAAAUAAUAUCUGAUGGUGUCGAGUAUCCAAAAUCAUUAGUAGCACAACUACACAAUACUUUUUUUUUGCGAUUAAAUCAAGGAUUUUUAAAUAAAAAUUAUCAAUCACUUCAGGAAGAGACGGUAUUUCAGUGUGACAUGAAUAUUACCCAACAACAUGAUUUAUAUUCACUUUACAAUGAUAUUAUAUUUCGGGAGAUUCAAGUUUUUGCAAUAUUAGCAUUUUCAUAUACGUGGAGAUCCAUGCAUGUUUCUUUUGAUUAUACUGAUGAAAUGACAGUUGAAAUGGAUGAAUCAAAAAAUAGAAUUAUAGAAUAUACAGAAUUAUUUAAAUAUCAAAUGAAAAGUGCUACAAAUAUUAUUCGUCGAUGUGAUCCACUUGGAAAACAAGAAAAAGGUAAAACAUAUGAGGCAUUUGAUAAACUUUUCUACGCUUUUGUAGUAAAUCAAAAAAAUUUAGAACCGCAAGAUAAUGUAAUGUGUGAAACAAGCUGUAAUGGAUUUAAAAAUACUAAACGGUUUUGUGAAUUACAAGGUACUGAUUGCUCUGUUAACAAUCAUGAUUAUGAUGAUACUUGUCCUGGUUGGAUGGCUCAUUGUGUAUCCACUUUGUCCAUGGAAGUUUGUCGAAAAGAUCCAGAUGAUCGUUCAAGUACAAAGCUUUAUCAUUGGAUUAAAGAUACACACCAUGGCUUUAAUUUCGGCAACACAUCUCGUAAAUGCUUUUCAAAUGAAAUACUAGAAGCAAAAAAACUUAAUUGGUUUAAUCCUUGGUCAAGUGUUUGUGAAAUUUGUGUGUGUGGUUGCAUGGAUAAUCGUAUUCACGCUAAAACCAAUACAAUUCGUGCUUUCAGUUUGCUAUGGUCUGAAACGAGUUAUAACAUGGUUGCAACUGGUGCACGACUUGUUGCACGAGAUCGAAUGUUUCACAUUCAGCUUCGAGAGGGAAAACUUUUGCCUUAUGGAAAAAUUGAUAAAAAUACUGAGAGAUGGAUACCACUUCCAAAAUUUGAGUACGAUGAUAAUUUUCCUGCCAUUGCAAUUUACUCAAAUGGAACGCGAUAUUCGUUGGAACGAACAAUAGAUUUUGCUCCAAUACAAACAGCUUACAUGGAUAAAAUAUGUUUACAAAAAUUGAUUCUUAAUGAAGGCCAGUUAUUGAGUGGUGCUAGAUUCAAUCUUGAUUAUUUGGAAAAUGACUCACCACAACGUUGUGUUGCACUUGAUGUAAAAUAUGGCAGUUUUGAAUAUCAAUAUGGAAACAUUACUGCAAGCACAAAUUAUACAAAACAAUUACCCCAACCAACUGAAUUGAUUUUAAAUAGUCCAGAUGAUCCACUUAAAUUUAAAAGACACCCUUAUGAUUCUGAGGAAAAUAAAUUUAUUUCUAUUCAAGAAUCAGAUAUGGUUAAAGAUGCAUCACAAACAACUAUUCCAUUUUUUGAUCUUCAAAAUGUUGCUACUGAUCCAAGUGUACCACUUUCUGGAAUUGAAUUAUUUCACAAAGGACAAGUUGAUGGUACAUCUGGUGGAUAUAUUUCAUUAAAAAUUUAUCCAUUAAAUUUAACUGUGUAUAUGGAUCCAUAAUCAUUCUCAUAUUAAAAUUAAAAAUAUUUAAAAAUCCAUCAAAUUAUUGACACAAUAAUUUUGCGUUGAAAAAUAAAUUUAUUCAGCUCUUAAAAUUUAUAAUAUUAUGGUGUUCACAAUUUUA